AUUUGCAAGCGGUAUUGAGUGUUGGCGAUGCAUGGCUGGAUGGAGUGAGCGCAUCUCCAUCACGUUCUUCCGCCAAGAAAUUUCAUUUAUAAAGAACGGCGGCUGACAUAACAACCAUCAAAUUUGGAAUAAUGUUCGAAGCAUUCGAAAGCUCACUUUUCGCUCACCAGAUGGGAAAUACAGCAAUCAGGGAACCCUCGCGACCGUGUGAACUCCAACCCCCAAACCCCGCUAGUGGGAGAAGAGACAGAUGAGAUGGUGACCGAUCAGCUGGGGAGGUCAACAAAAAAAACUCAUAUUCGCAGUAGAUCUUGCGCACACAGCCACAACACACUGUGCGUUAAACAGUCAAACGUGCUACUUGACAAAACUUCCGUCCAUAUUCGGCCAGAGUUGAGUGACUUUUUUGUUCGAUUCUUUGCGAAAAAUCGUUGGCCAUUAUAAAACGUCUGCUUUUGUCGUCAACUUAGUUUAGAACACAUUUGAAGUUGUUGUGUGUGUGUGUGUGUGCUUUUUUUUUUGCAUAGCCUCAGAUUUGAAACUAUUUAUGGAACGUGCAAAAUGCAUCUAAAGAUAAUAACUGCCCAGUUUUUCAUUGUGUCAUGCCUACUAUUUUCGGCUAUGGUUUCUGUCAAUGCCCGCAGUUGUUUCGAAUGUGAAGAAGAGGUCUGGGAGGAAGUUCCUUGUGACGAAGUGCCUUCGAACAAUACGACCAAUGCACCGCCACCCUGCCAUCAAACACCACCUGCGUGUGUCAUCCCCUCGACGCCGACGCCUGAGACAUCGACCGAAGCAACAACUAUAAGCACAGAUUCAACUACCACAUCAAGUACUUCCAUGGUGACAGCAGACAUUGAGACAUCAACCCCGCCAACAACCGAAACGACCACUCCCAACUACGAUGUCUUCAAAAAGUGCUAUUGUGAAUGCAAAUCAGGCUGCAAGGAAUUCUGUCACAAGGUUGUCCAUCCCGGGAACAAAAACCACAUCGUCCAAGUAUCUGAAAUUUCUGAGCCCGUGCCCCAGGGUCGUAUUGAGUCGACCCACUACCAUCACAGAAAACUAAUACCCGCUCCAACCUAUCACAGUUCACCGCCAGUUUAUUCCCAUGCUCAUUCGAGUUCAUACAAUAUUCCCACGCAAAUGGAGGUCAAAAAACCAUUGGAAGACUACCCCACGAUUUAUAACACAAUCCAAUCGUACUACAAAAGUCCGGUGAUUGCUCCUCACUACACAUAUGCCCACGCUAGGGCCGGCAGCGACAGCCUUAAACCAGACUUGUCCUAUGUCAACAAACACCAAACAUUCUACUUCUCAUCGUCUCCUUCGGAGAUACAUGAUUUGCCCAGAUAUUUCCAUAGUCUUCACUCGCAAGAAAUGAAUAACCAUGAUAGGGGUUCUUACAAACAUAGCUAUGCUUCAAGCCCAACAGCUUCGUUUUCAUCCCCAGUUACAAUAAAAAACUCCGAGGGCUUGGAUGAGUACUACGACCCCAACUUCUACAACCACAAUUCAUAUGACAACUACCGAACAUAUUCCGAUUCACCGAACUAUUCGAUAUCGUAUAGUCGGUGAUACUGGCCUACAUAGAACUUAACGCUAUUUAUAACUAGAAUCGUAAUCACAAUGUAGUUGAUAAUUAUUCGAAAUUAAAUUUGUAUA